GUGGGUAAGAACAUAUAAAAAAAAAAGUCAGACCCGGAUCAAAAAACUAAAACGGUGUCUGUAAACAUUAAUCAGUUUUUCUGUAUUCACCUUGAAAAAUGUUAUAUAUAGAAGCUUAGUUACAUGAAACUCUAAGACGCGCCUACUUUUACCAUCACGGACAACGGUGUAAUCAGGAUGAAAAUGAAAGGAUCCUGCGCUGAUAACUCCAUCCACAUUGCUCCUCUCCAAAAGUCGCAUUCUUCUUUGGUGUUAGAGAACAAAAUCCCCAAUUUGAUAGCAUAUCUUCAUCUUAAAAAAUUGAAGAAGGAUCUGACUGUUCACUUACAUGAUCUACACCUUCCUUCAAAGGACAUCUAAUUUUUUAGUUGUUACACUUACAAAAACUGUCUUUAUACAUACAUUUGUAUCAAUUGGUUUUCCUUUUAACGGUAAAACAUCGCUUCCUCCUAUUUUGGCGACAGAAACGUGUUGGAUAAGCAAGUUCAUGUUGAUGAUUUUCACCGUUUUCUUCCACAAAGAAAGUCUUUCCAUUGUGCACAUUUGUACCAGCUUAUUAUACAGAUUAGAGUGUAGGGUGCGAUACUGAGAAGCACCAUCAUUAUUUUCAAUUCCUUGUAGAAAGAGGGGUGUUGCGCCUAUUCGUACAAGCCUGAAUAACAAGGUUAUCGUGUAUGCCGUACACCGUAAGAAGUCUGAAAUCGGUCCUUUUAAUAAAAAUCAUUCUGGUUAGAUAACCUUUUAUAAUUAGAA